CUCCCUCCCAGACGCCCAGCAGCUCAGGGAGCGGAGCGCCAGAGAUCCAACGCGCGGUUCUGGCGACUCCUCCUCCAGCCCCUGUUCGGGCGCGCCUCGCUUCAGACCCUGCGCUGGAAGACUGGUUGACCUUCCAAAAGAGAAUUUCGAAGCCGCUUACAAUGCGAUCACAUUGCCAGAAGAAUUUCAUGAUUUUGAUCCCCAAAAUAUGAAUGCUAUUGAUGUUUCAGAACACUUUACUCAGAACCAAAGCAAACCAGAAGAAAUCACACUUAGAGAAGAUUAUGGCAAUGAUCUACUUUUCCACUCUGGGAGCUUUGAGGAGGAACCUGAAAUUCUCAGAAGACAUAGCUUCUUUGAUGACAACAUAUUGCUAAAUUCCAGUGGUCCUUUAGUUGAACAUCGUUCUGGAAGCCUCACUGGAGAAAUAUUUCUGUUCUAUGACAGUGGAGAUGGAUUUGGAGAUGAAGGGGCUGCAGGAAAAAUGAUUGACAGUCUAUUGCAAGAUGAUCAGAAUAUCCUGUUAGAAGACAUGCAUUUAAAUAGAGAAAUUUCCGUGCUUCCUGAGCCUCCCGAUACUAUAGUGGUAGAACCAGAUAAUCCAGAGUGUGUAUGUCCACCUGAAAAUGAAAAAAUGGAUGAAACCACAUUAUCAAAUGAAGAGGAAGGAUUUACCCUUGACCCAAUUGAUACUUCAGACAUUGCUGAAAAAAGAAAAGGCAGAAAGAGGAAACUGCUCAUAGAUCCAGUCAAGGAGAUCAGUAGCAAAAUUAUGCAUAGACAGCUUACUUCCUUUACGGACACACUCAUGGUUUUGGAACUUGCACCUCCUACCCAAAGGUUGAUGAUGUGGAAGCAGAGGGGAGGAGCAGACACACUUCUGUCAACUGCUGCCCAGGAUCUGACUCAUGCUGAACUGAAAAUGUUGUUUACAAAAUGCUUUAUGUCCUCUGGCUUUAAACUUGGAAGAAAAUUGAUGCAGAAGGAGUCAGUAAGGGAAGAAAUGGGAAGCGAAAACAUAGUAGAGACCUCCAUGAUGGAAGAGCCAAAUUCCCUGCAAGAGUUAAGUCAAUCCAAAACUUGGAAGGAAGCGACUGAUGGAUUUAAGUGUAGCUCUCGUGAGGAUACCAAUAAAAAUAUUAACUCUGAUCAGGAUAUUGCUGAAAUGGUAUCUUCAGCUGCUGAGGAAUCAUCUUUAAUGAAUGCCAUCUUAGCACAAGAAAUUGAAAAUUGUCCAUUUGAAUUGGAGUCAUUGGGGAAUGAACAAAAUAUUGAGGCGGAGAGAUGGAAUCGAAGAAUACUUCAGAUGUUAAAUAGCUUGCGGGAAUCCAACAAGAUGGGAAUGCAGUACUUUAGUCUGAUGAAGCUCUGCAGAAAUAAUGACCGAAAACUAGCUGCAGCCAAAUUUUAUAGCUUUCUUGUCCUAAAAAAACAGCGGGCUAUUGAGCUGAGCCAGAGUGCUCCCUAUGCAGAUAUUAUAGCUACAGUGGGACCAAUGUUCCAUAAAAUGUGAAGGAAACCCAGAACAUGCAGAUUUAUGUCACCAUUGGAAUUUCUUUAUAGAUUGUUCAGUUUAAUGCCAAAGCUGUCUGGAAGCAGCUGAAGGUCUGGUCCAUUUCAUAGAUAGGUUUUUCCUCUUUGUAAGCUCCUAUUUCCUCUUUGUAAGCUCAGAAUAAUCAUAGCUAGAAUUGGAAACCUAUAUGCUUACAGAAAUACUUAAUUAUAGCUAAGUAAUAUUUUAACUUAGCUGACUUGAAUGCAUAUCAUUUACCAUUUCCCUGACUU